AUGAGUAUCUACCCGCGCAUGAACCCUUACAGCAAAUCACGAUAUGACCAGGGCAUCGACGCCAAGAUUGUAAUAAUGGGCAACACGGGUGUUGGCAAGACCAGCCUGUUGCACAGAUAUACCCAAAACAAGUUCGAUCCCAAGAACACGACCUCUACGACUGGUGCUUUUUUCGUAACGAAGAAGGUGUAUGUGGACGGCAUUAAAGUCAGACUACAACUAUGGGACACAGCGGGCCAGGAGAGGUUUCGAAGCAUGGCCCCAAUGUACUAUCGCGGGGCAAACGCAGCACUACUGCUGUAUGAUAUUACCAACGCUGCUAGCUUUGACGACGUUCGAGGAUGGUUGGAAGAACUCAAGAAGAAUUGUUCACCUGAUCUCAUCAUCUACAUCGUGGGCUCAAAGGCUGACCUACAUCGGCAGCGCCAGGUGACGUCUGACCUUGCCCGGCUCUCCCUACAUACCUGGUUUCCACCACCUACACCGCCAAGUCCACCACCGCCUCCACCACCGUCCACCUUCUCGUACAUUCGUCCCCGCUUUACUUCCUUCCCAAGCAUCCGCUCGGCACCUUCGCCCACUGCCGCAACUAAACCCCCAUUAUCCGCAAACUACGACACCGCCAUUCGCUCGCCACCAUCAUCUCGUUUUGACUCGCAAUUCGGUUAUCGGGCCGCUGGUUGGAACGAGAUCGCUGAAAGCAGCAGCAGUGGUCUUGAUGAGGACGAAGACACAGACGUAGCAGACGAUCAGGAGUGGGGUCUUCAUAAAGACAUGGAACUUUUCGAAGUUUCCGCGAAGGAUGACCUAGGCAUCCGAAAUCUGUUUGAUACCCUGAUAGCUGCAAUCAUCGCGAAGAGAGAUGUCAUCGAAGAAGAGAACGAACUGAAGAGAAGAGAUAGCGUGUAUCUCACCCCUGUCACUGUCCCUGUCUGGGCUGCCCAGGCGGACGCAGAGGAAGCCCGAGAGAAAGCUCAGGCGGCUGCAGGAUUCUCCUGGAGCUGCUGCUCGACGUGA